AUGGCGUUCACUUCAAGAGAGCUUUGGACAACGAUGCCCUGCUCGAACCUCGAUUUCCAGUAUGUCUAUCGAGAUCUUCUCGACACAACGGUCGACGGACUAUUGCCACUGCGGCCAACUUCUCAAGAUGAUGCUCUGGUCCUUCUCAUGGCCGUGGUCUCUGAUCUGCUUUAUCUCCGCCGUUCCAUCGGACAAGUGGUACAGAUGGCUGCUUCUACAAACAAACCUGCUCCUCGGGAAAAUCCUCACUUCCCUUUGUCCGCGCAUGCAGAGUUAGAACGCAUGGAGUUCGUGCUAUCUCACGCAUUGGACAGGUGGCAUUUACAAUUUCAUACCUCUGCGGCACCCGAAAUCAUGGCAUUCUACCAUUACUGUAGAAUGUACCGGUCUUGCGAUCGUUUAUUGGACUUGCCAGCAUUGGCAGGCCAUGGCGAGAUGAAUACACCGCCAGCGACCAAGGUCGACCUCUCGGUUUCUGGCGAAACCAUUCGCCAGGCAUGGCUUGUCUUGGAUGGUGCUUCUAUGCGAUCACAUCAGCACUCUAGAGACCCUCUAUGUCCCAUUUGGCUUCCAAUUGUCGUCUUUCAUGCAGGCCUUGUUGUUUGGGCGGAGCAUGGAUUUGGUCGGGAGCAAAAUAGUACUGCUUAUCGAGGAGCAAAGAUAUUGCUGCCGUUCAAGAUAGAGCUUGAAAGGAUGCCAUGGCCCUGUUGCAGGGAGAUGGUCGCCACUCUGAGCCGAUUAGCCGCAAAGCCCACUGUCACGAUAGAUUUUUAA